AUGGCAGCCGCAGCCAGGCAUGGCGUAGCAGCGCACCUGUACAGUCACCCUUCCACCUCACGGCUGGACCUCCGCCCUGCCCUUCAGUACACAAGGCAUCCUUCACUACCCUCCCCUCCCCAUCCACGCACCUUUCAUCAAUCACCCUCAUCUCGCGUCCCAUCAGGAGCCAUACAGAUAGUAUCCCCGAAGCUACCAGAAGAUCCCAAGAUCAAGCCAGAUCUCCCUCCAAGCAAGCCACCUCGUCUACGAUUCGCACCUUCACCCACUGGACAGCUGCAUUUGGGUGGACUACGCACGGCCCUCUUCAAUCACCUCUUUGCAAGGAGAUUUGGUGGCAAAUGGUUACUCAGGAUUGAGGAUACGGAUCAGACCCGCUUGGUACCUGGCUCAUUAGAGUCGAUGCAAGAGAUACUUCAAUGGGCAGGCCUAGACUGGGACGAAGGGCCAAGCUCCUCCUCCAGUAGCAGCAGUGGUCCAUAUGUUCAGUCACAGCGCCUAGACAUCUACAGGCAUUACUCGGAGGAGCUCAUCAAACGAGGAAAAGCCUACCGGGACUUUCGAGCCCAUCAGGACGAGGAUCCUGAUGCCGAGGUGGCAAGGAGGGCCGUGGCACGGGGGAACAUGAAGCGCAAUGCCCAGGAAGUCAAGAGAGAUAACGAACGAGCGCGGAUUGUAGCCCGGAAGGGCGUGCAGCAGUAUGUUCCCCCUGACGAGGAGCACGCUCAAAAGCUCAUCAAGUCGGGCAAAGGGUACUGCGUCAGGCUGAGGAUGGAACCAAAAGAGACAAUGUUCCACGACGGAGUGUCCGGCCGCCUCCUCUUCAAGCCCGACAUUGGAGUCCAUGACCCAAUUCUGAUGAAGACCGAUGGCUGGCCGACGUAUCACUUGGCCAGCGUCGUAGAUGAUCACCUCAUGGGCAUCACGCACGUUCUGCGCGGCGAAGAGUGGCUGCCUUCGGUGCCCAAGCAUCUCGCCAUCUAUUCCGCCUUUGGCUUCACCCCGCCUACGUUCAUGCAUCUGCCUUUGCUGAUGAACAAAGAUGGCACGAAGCUGAGCAAAAAGACGCAGGACGUACAUGUGUCAGUAUGGAGGGAGAUGGGAUAUGAGCCCGAUGCGGUACUCAACUACGUUUCGUUGAUGGGCUAUAACCACCACGGUGAAGAGCCUGUAGAACAUACCGAAGGGGAGGGCAAUGCAAGAGAGGUCCUGACCUUGAAGGACCUGAUAGAAUCGUUCGAUCCGUUGAGGAUAUCCCGCCAUCGAGCAGUCCCUUUCCCGCCUAAGCUAGACUAUCUCAACAAGCGGCACCUCCUUCUCAAGGCCAACGGUCCCCCCACCUCCUCUCCCGCCAGCCAGUCUCCGGAUGACAGCAGUCGAGACGGUCUACACGCUCUCUAUCUACGGGCCCUACCCGCUCUAAAGGAGCGCUUCUCAGGGGCAGAACAGGCUGGUCUCCUGACCGAAUCGUACAUCAAGCCCGUCAUCCAGGAGAUGAUCGGUCGCGUCCUCCUCUUCAAGGACCUGCCAUACGAAGCCCGCUACCUCUUUGAAGAACCAGAUUACGGCGCCAUUCUUUCCCCCGAGCAAAUUAAGAAGAAGGGUGUCGCGGGAGAAUCAGGAGGAAGUGCGGUCUCGGCUGCGGCUGCAGCGAUUGCGACUGGGGAGAAGCCUGAUCCCUUUACGGAGUACAAGACGAGAAAGGUUCGCAAAGGGACAGCAGCGGCUGCACGAUUGCCGCGCUUUGGUGAAUUCAUCGAGCGGGCUUACAAGACGAUGGAGGGUCUUAGCACCAGUGGAGGCAAUGAAGGAGGAGAAUGGGCGGAUCGAGAGACGUUGCGCUCCACUUUCGACCGACUUCUCGAGGAGCUGGACGCUGAGCAGGCUCCUCGCGAGUCGGGAAGCGAUCGGAUCGACAUGAUGAGGAUACUCCGGUUUGCCCUCUUUGGCGGAAAACGGGCGAAGCAGUGGAAGGAGGAGGCGGAUGUGGCGCAACAGUCGUAG